AUGUUCGAUGCCGCUAAGACAACUUACACGUCGCUGACCGGAACCGGCACACCGGCCUCUCUCUUCAUGUCUGUCGGUGUCGCUACGGCAGCGGCAGGAGCAGGCACCGAGUACUCUGGUGACCCUGCGACAGGCGUCCUCCACAUCCCGCAUAUCGUUAGUAGGAGUAUUAACCUGCAGCAUGCCGCGGAGCAACUCAACAGCGAGUUUCUCGCCCAUGUCCUGACGCUGAGCGCGCUGCGCCACCCGAAUGUCGUCAACCUCAUUGGCUUCUGCGCGGACGGCCAAUACAGAAUCUUGGUUCACGAGCACGUGCCAUUGGGUUCUCUCGAAGAUCACCUCCACCCCCGUGACCGGUCUCCAGCAGGCAAAGCACCGUUGGACUGGAACACAAGGAUGAACAUAGCUGCCCGUGUGGCCAAAGGUUUAGAGUAUCUGCACCACAAAGGUGUGGUGUACCGCAAAUCCAUGGGUAGCUUGGACAUCCUGCUCGGAGAUGGCUACCACCCAAAGAUGUCCCAGCAUGGACUGGCAGACCUUGGACGGUUGCUUGCAGAGGAUAACAAAGGCUGGUGUACUGAUUUCUGGGGAAGCACUACCAUUGCCCCCGAGACAUACGUUACGGGGAAGGUGACCAAGGAGUCGAACGUGUACAGCUUCGGCGGACUGCCGCUGGAGAUGAUCACAGGGCGGAGGCCCAUUGAGCCCGCCGACGAGGAUCGGAACCUUAUCGCAUGGGCCACACGAUUGAUGAAGGACAGGAGCCGAUUGCGAAGGAUGGCAGACCCGGCGCUGCAGGGCCGGUACCCGUCCAUGGAUUUGGAGGAGGCCCUCACAGUUGCUUCCAUAGGUUGUCUUGGUUCUAGAGGUGGAAAGGUGUGUGGGCGGCAUAAGCAAGAUCGGCAAGUUUCAGCUGAACUGAUCCAUCCCGCACUUGCAGUGGGCAUGCAUGCACCCAUGGCUGAGGCAUGGUGGCAGAUAGGAUCACUUCUAGUCAUCGGACAGGACAAACAUGUGGUUAUCAGGAGGCCCUUCAAAAGAAUCUGCAUACUGGACAUCAAGCAUACUGCUAUUGUUAUGUAA